AUGUUGAUUGCUGAUUUUUCAUAUUUGAUGUUAUAUAUUCAGCUCAUACCAUACAUGAAUUUGCAACGCCAUGUACUUGUUGAUGGCAAGGUCAGGACUGACAAGACCUACCCUGCUGGAUGUCAUUUCCAUUCCCUAAGACAAACAAGAACUACAUGCUGCUUCCGUCUUCACCCAAUCAGGGAUGAGGAUGCCAAGUUCAAGCUCUGCAACGGGAGGUCUAUUCAGUUUGACGUCGGCAACGUGGUCAUGGUGACCGGCGGGAGGAACACCGGGCGUGUAGGAGUGAUCAAGAACUGGGAGAAGCACAAGGGCAUCUUCGAGGUCAUCGACGUGCUGCUUGGAGUUUUUUGCAUGCUAUGUCUAGUUUUCUCCUAUUUGUUGUAUAGGAAAACAUAGAAUGGAAUUCAAAUUUGGUGGUCGCAAAAGUGUGGAGACUUGAAUUCAUAUAAAGUUAGGCUUAACAUUAAUGCAAACAGUUGUAUUUUAGUUUAGAUUUAGAGUACACUUAUAUAUGUCUUGUUUGACAAUGCUUAUUUAUG